CCUAAACCAUCAACCCGGAAAUUUCGCCUAUAAAGGGGCAGCGGCGCCAUUCCUUUGGUGGGCAGGGGAAGAUCCUCGCCAUUCGGUCCCAGUGUUACAAUUAAAUCAAUACAAAUGAGAUGGUUACGUUUAUGAAUGCACAGACGUUACUUUUAAUCUGGGCAUAAAGAUGGAGUGAAUCAGAGCCGGAAGAGUUUCCCCCCGGAUCCAUCGCUGCGUAUAAAUCAAUGCACCAAACGGAUCCCCUGGAAUCGGCUGCAGCACAUGGAGGGGGGGCCCUUUGCCGCAUUCAGGGAUGAGAAACAGGACUAGCAGAUGAUAGCCUUUGGACUACGGUGCCAACCUGCUGGGGCUCAUGGUCAGUGACAGAGGCCAUUGUGUUUCCCAUCACUCAUCAUGCCCGGAGACACAAAGAAUCCAGCAGAUGCCCAAGCGCCAUCUUACCCUGGGCUGGUGACGGGCACAUCUACGGCUGACAGAUCACGCAUUACCCCUGCCAUUAUUGUGCCGCAGUCUGAAAACCCUUUCGAUGAAACGCAAGAGAAGAAUUGCCUCGACAGACACAGUCCCCACAGCCCCUCAGGGAGAUCAAGUCGCCAGUCAAGAUCCUCCACUUCUUCCAACAACAAUUUAAUUUCUGUGGAUAAUAAAGGGCAUGUGAUCGACCUGGUACAUGAUAACUUGCCUGACCUCAGGAUCUCAGAAGAAGACAAAAGGAAGAACCUGGAGUUGUUGGAAGAAGCAAAGAAAGCCAGUGAGCGAUUCCUGACGCGGAGAGGAAGAAAGUCCCGAUGCAGCAUCUCCGACUCUCCAACAGCACUUUCUCCAUCCCCAAGCCCGAAGGUUUCCCCCGUGCCACAGAAUCAUUUAUUCACUUUUCCGCUGCCUCCAGGUUCCCCUGAAGCUUACCCUCCUGUAUUUGCUGGGCCUGCGGCUAUAGUACAGAGCGACCCCAAGGGACUGGCCGAUUGGAAGCAGAAUGAGCAGAGGAAGAUUUCCCAAGGAAGGCUCUCGCCACGUUCCCCAGCUACGAAAGAAACUCUCUCCGAACACAAGGAGAACUUCGACCCUCUGAAGCACGUGUCCGGCGUGCAAAAAAACUGUGGAACUGACGGAUGUAAACCGUCCCUUUGUAACAACGAGUAUGAGCCUGGGAAAUCCAUUCUAAAGAAACCCAAAGAGAUGGACUCCUUGGGGAAUGUGGUGCAAGGCCCCGGGGCCACUAAACCAGGGAUAAACAUUAAGGGAUUAUCAGCAGAUCAGCCAGACCCUAAAUUUCUUUCUAGACCAGAGCCAGGAGACCCCGGCAGUCGCCCUCCUCUCUUGAGGGCACUUUCUUGGGACAGUUUAGCACCGGCACAGAUUGACAAAACACACACGGAAAUUCCAGAGAAUGAAAGACUGCACGACAAAUGCAACAACAAACUGCCCAAAUUUGUGGGUUUAAAAGACUUUCAAGUGCAGCCGGUUCGACUGCAGAAGCUGACCAAGCUGAGAGAAGAACACAAGUUAAUGAGGAGUCAGAAUCUGACGGGACAGAAACUCCCGGAUCUGAGCGAGGCGGCCGAACAGGAAAGAGGUCCCUCUCCAGUUCCUUCCCUGCCGGAUGAUGGAGAAGAAGAAGCCAAGGGGGAGUCGGAUGUUAUGCCCAGUAUCCCAGAUAUUCUCUUACGGAAGUUGCGUGUGAAUCGAUGUUUAUCCAACAGUGCCCCACCGCUGACUGAAAAGGAAAUAGAGAAUGUAUUUGUUCAGCUCUCACUGGCGUUUCGGAAUGACAGCUACACCCUCGAAUCCAGGUUGAACCAAUCCGAGAGGGAGCGUAACCUGACUGAGGAAAACAAUGAGAAGGAAAUAGAGAACUUUAAAGCAACUAUCACGUCUUCAGUCUCCAUCUGGCAAAACAGUGAGCAUAGGGAGGCCUACCAGAAGCUGCUGGAAGACAUUGCAGUCCUUCACCGCUUGAUCAACAGGCUGUCAAGUAGGGCAGAAAUGGUGGGAGCGGUUCGGCAAGAGAAACGCAUGUCGAAGGCCACAGAAGUCAUGAUGCAAUAUGUGGACAACCUAAAGAGGACGUACGAGAAAGAUCAUGCAGAACUGAUGGAAUACAAAAAACUGGCCAAUCAGAAUUCCAGUAGGAAUUAUAGCGGCUCCGAUGAUGGGGUGCCUCGUUCAUCAAGAUCCAUGUCACUAACGAUUGGCAAGAACAUGCCACGUAGAAGAGUCAGUGUGGCUGUGGUCCCCAAAUUCAAUUUACUGAAUAUCCCCGGGCAGUCGCCGAACACAUCUCCUUUAACAAUGUUGCCAGCCCUUACAGAGUCGCCCAGUGGGAGAAGCAGUUCACCCGUCCCACCUUUGCAGUCUCCUCUGGUAGAAAAUACAAAGACAAGCACAGAGACAGAAUGUGAGACACCAGUGGGGGUUCCAGUUCGGAUCGAACAGGAGGAAAUCAGCUCAGAAAUGAAGGCAAAGAUUGAAGAAGAGGCUUAUAACAAGGGGUAUCAAGAAGGUUUAAAAAAGAUCCAAGGAAUUUCUUUAUUUAAGGAGGAAGAAGAGGAGAAAGCUAGUGAGGUCACAGCUGAGUGUGAAGAUGAAGUGAAUGAGGAAAUAAAGCUCAAAAGCAGUAAAAUUGAAGAAUGCCUUGAUUAUAUACAAAUGUUGUACCCCAAGUUACUGACUCAUUGGAAUGUCCUCUCCAUUGUGGCUGCUGGGAUAGUCUUCCUCGCUGUCUUGUUAAGCAUCUACAACUCCUUCACUUCCUGCUCCGAGUUGCCAGCUGGCCACCAUGGGAAAGCAUCAUGUUCGGCCUCACAGAGAUAUUCCUGGUGGACUUCCGGACUAUCCCAUAAGCAGCGGCGGCAGUGAAAGUUGGCGGAAGUGGGAUGGGAAAUUGCGUAUACACUGAAUUGUGCAGGGAAUACUACACAGUACAAGUGCAUCCAGUCAAGUCGAGGAUUCCUCGUGCUUCACAUGGACUGGAUCAUUGCCCAGAGAGCAACCAAGAGCAGAUGUUUGGAGAGUAUUAUGGGCAAAGACCAAAACAGAGGUUGACAGUCUCCACUUUAAUGUAUUUUUUUUUUUAUAGAAUAAACAUUCCAUCCAAACGCCAAUUCCAUUCAUUCACUGACAUUCAGCAUCCAAUUGGAAAAUACAUUCCAAUCAUGUCUGAGAUAUAUCUUUCUCCUGAUAUGUGAAUUCUCUGAUUAUUUGCUGAUGGCUGUCCAUUCAAGAUGGUACAAGGUACAAGGCUGCAGGCUGAGUUAUACAGGGAACUCUGAGUAUCACUCAUGUAUUAUAAGGGAUAA